CGUUCGGUCUCGCUGGUAGGUUGGCCUUCCCGGCUCCCGUCGCUCGCUUCCUCCCGUGCCCGCAGUCGCCAUGGCGGCCAUGAGCCUGCUGCAGCGGGCUUCUAUCUCUGCGCUGACCGCGCUGUGUGGCCGCCGCGCCGGCGCUCGACUCGGAGUCGGAGAUUUUCUCACCCGGAGCUCUCCGAAGACUGUCGCGCCUGUUCGGCACAGUGGGAACCACGGGAAGCGACUGUUUGUCAUCAAGCCAAGUUCAUACUAUGACACUCGUUUUUUAAAGUUAUUGAAAUUCUACAUCUUGCUGACUGGGAUCCCAGUAGCCAUUGCCAUCACACUGAUUAACAUCUUUAUUGGUGAAGCUGAGCUGGCAGAAAUCCCGGAAGGCUACACCCCAGAACACUGGGAAUAUUACAAGCACCCAAUAUCGAGAUGGAUUGCUCGUACUUUCUAUGACUGCCCGGAAAAGAACUAUGAGAGAACCAUGGCCAUCCUCCAGAUCGAAUCCGAGAAGACUGAGCUGCGGCUGAAGGAGCAGGAAGUUCGAAGACUGAUGCGUGCAAGGGGCGACGGGCCCUGGUUUCAGUUGCCAACCUUCGAUAAGGAGCUUAUUGACCAUUCUCCAAAAGCAACUCCCGACAACUGACCAUUUGUCUCUCUAAGAACAAUGUUCUGUCAUGGAAAAUAAAUAAAUUAUGUUUUUACUCUGUG